CCCGAACCUCAUCAAACCUACUAAAAAACCUCCUACAAAAUGGAUCUUGCUGAUGAGCUGUUACACGAGGUUUUUGACCACAGCGAUACUGAUGACAUUGAGGAAAAGGUUCAGAGACCUUCUGAAGGGCUUUUUUCCUUUUCGAACGGUGAAAUGACUCUAAAAACUCAUGAAGAUAAGAACUUAUCAGGUAUCACCAAGAAUUCCAGAAAAACAGACAAGAAUGGCACUGAAAAGACUCAAUUAAAUAGUAAAAAGAAGCUAUUUGAUGUUCAUGCUUUUUUAAAAUCAGAAAUUAUGGUUAAUAUUUUAAACAAAAUUGAUGGAUACAGCAAGAACCAUACAGUAUCAUUUCAAGGGAAUAUAGAGGAUCAUCCAGAAUAUCAAUUGAUAGUAGAUUCUAAUAAUCUUGCGGUUGAGAUUGAUAAUGAGAUUAUCGGGAUUAAUAAAUUUAUACGGGAUAAUUAUGCGGAAAGAUUCCCGGAACUUGAAUCUCUGGUUGUUAAUCCGUUAGAUUAUGCAAAAACAGUGCGGAUUAUUGGUAAUGAGAUGGAUGUUACUAAGGUGAAUCUAUCGCAUCUUCCGUCAGCAACGGUGAUGGUGAUUACUGUAACGAAUUCAACAUCAGAAGGAGUACCAUUAGAACAAGAUAAGCUUGAAAUGGUGUUUGAAGCAUGUGAUUUAACAAUGGAAUUGGAGAAUGCGAAAAAAAAGAUUCUUGAUUAUGUUCAAUCUAGGAUGAAUUUAAUUGCACCCAAUUUAUUGGCAAUUGUAGGAUCGACUACAGCAGCAAAGCUUAUAAGUGUAGCAGGUGGUUUAGCGGGUUUAGUUAGAAUGCCGGGAUGUAAUAUUUCGGCAUUGGGUGCAAAACGUCAAAGUCAAACAGGAUUUUCAAGUAGUAUUGGUAUUCGACAUCAAGGUUUUCUCUUUCAUUCAGAGAUUUUACAAAAAGUUCCACCUGAUUUAAGAAAACAAGCAUUACGUAUUAUUAGUUCAAAAAUUGCUUUGGCAUCUAGAGUAGAUCGGUUACACCAAAGUCCAGAUGGAUCUAUUGGUGCUUCUUUAAGAGAGUAUAUUGAAAAACGAUUGGAUAAGUUAUCACAGCCAAAUCCAUCUAAAACAGUAAAGGCAUUACCUGCUCCAAAUGAUGCAAUAAAAAAACGUCGUGGUGGACGACGUAUGCGAGCAAUGAAAGAGAAGUAUCAAAUGACAGAACUCAGAAAACAACAAAAUAGAUUAGCAUUCGGCAAACAAGAAUUAGAAGUCAGUAUUAAUGAUGAAAUGGAGGGUAUGGGUAUGAUUGGGCAAGAAGGACAAUAUCGAAUCAGAGCACCCAUUAUAGAUAGUCGUUCUAAAGCAAAAGUCGGCAAGGCUAUAAAACAUUUCGCUUCUUUUAGUCAUAAUAGUGGAACUGCAACAAGCGGUUUAGCAAGUAGUGUUGUUUUUGGCAGUAAUGUCGGUAUGCAGCUAAUCAAUCCCGAAUUACUCUCUGCUCCAAAAACAGUGGAAUCAAAUGAUUGGUUCAAAGGUGGAACAUUCACACAGGUUCAUAAACCUUAAUUACUAUGUAAACCUCCGCCAUAAACAGAUUCACUUUAUAAAUAC